AAAAUGAAUGUGCACACCUGCUUAUGUUACAUUUAGCAAUGCAAAUAAAAUCUGUACAAUUCCAAAGCAACCCCAUUACAACUAACAACACCCGUCAUUGCCUAAAAUCUGAGAAAAUCCUUCACCUGCUUUAUUUUUUAGCAAGAACAGUUCAUGCAAAGCACUCUUCUCCCCUGACAAGGGUAAUGAACAGGACAAUGAGAUCUCCAAGGACCUUCAAAAUAAAUGCUCACUCGCUAGUAAUGCUAGUCUCUCCUCAUCGGGAACUGCUGGCUACAGUCGCUUCUUGGUGCUGGAGGUGUCACGCCGAGAGUUGAUGGGUGAAGAAGUUGUGGCUAAGUACGGGAGGCAGUUGUCAGAGAAGGUCCUUAGACUGUUUGAAGAAACCUUAAGUCAAGAGAAGUUCUGCAGUCUGAGAGAAGAGUGGGAGAUGAGUGAGGUUGAACCUGGCGAUAUUGUUCAUAUUACUGGGACUUUUGACUCCAGGACAGGCAUGUGUAUCCUUGACAACUCAUCUGACCAUUACCUUGUUGUCCACCCUGAUACUUUAGUAUCUGGAACUACUGUUUCCAUGGCAACUAAGUGUUUGCGGCAAAGCAUACUUAAUGAGCGAUUCCGAACUGAAGGCCAAAGUGAAGCCAUGUUGAUUGGAACACUUCUUCAUGAUUUGUUUGACCUAGCUAUAGAAUUUAAUGAAUUCUCCCCUGAUGCCCUUCUUAAGAGAGCUAGUGGACUUCUUCAGAAGCUCUCUUACUUAGAUGACCUGUACAGCCUGGGACAGACAGAGAACUGGGCCAUGGAGAAGCUCAAGGAGCAUAUUCCACUUCUCUGUGACUGGGCCAAGAAAUUUGUGGCUCCUUUUCCCCACCCUGAUGUUGGGGCCAUAGAUUUUAAGACCCCUGAAUACCCACAAGAGGCUGAACAGCCCAGUGUGUGUGUUUCCACUUUGAGAGACAUCGAAGAGAACAUCUGGUCACCAAGAUUUGGACUUAAGGGGAAAAUUGAUGCCACUGUUGAAGUUAAAAUUGACAGAAGACCUAAAAUCAAACGACACAGACCUGAUACAGGACACCAGGUGCAGACAAAAGUACUGCCAUUAGAGCUGAAGACAGGAAAAAUGUUCACCAAACUAGGUUCAAUUGAACACCGGGCGCAAGUGAUCCUGUACACGCUACUCAUGUCUGAUCGCUACUCUCAAGCAGUUGAAGCAGGAUUGUUGUUUUACAUGAAAUCAGCUCACAUGCUCAGCGUGCCUGGCUUCCUCCAAGAGAAAAGGGCGCUGAUCAUGAAGAGGAAUGAGGUUGCUCGGUACUUGACGCUUAACAGGGCAGGAGCUACUGGCACCAUGCCUGGUUGGUACAAUGUAACGUUUGUAAUUGAAAUAAACCAAAAGGACUCCUAUCCACAAAACUGCACAACCUUCCACAAAGCCACAGAACAAGGCGAUGGCAAGACCAGUGGACUGGGGUCACUUUUUAACGAGAAGACAGACCAUAUGUCCAAAACCUAUGUCAACUACUUCACGAACUGGUAUAAACUGGUUUGUCUGGAAGGGAAGGAGAUGGAGCAGAAAAGAAACCAAAGGGAAAUUUGGUGUUUGGAAGGAUUGGAGAGGGAAAAGCUGGGUCGUUGUUUUAGCAACAUGGUCCUGAAGCCGCACGAUCAUGACUCGAUGCUAGCCAAUAGUCAUUAUUGCAGACACAAUUUUGAGCGUUGCGUAAAUCAUCCCAGCGUGACACCGUUACAGGAUGUGCCUAUUGCUGUGGGAGAACGCGUGAUUUUGAGUGAAGAGAACAAUGGAGCUAUAGCUCUUGCGGCAGGCUACAUCCAUGAAGUGAAAAAGACCCAAGUUGCAGUCUUACUAGACAGAGACUUAACUAAAAGAUAUGAUGCACAGACCGAAGAAACAAGCUUCAAACUCUAUCGCCUCGACAAAGACGAAGAGUACAGCACUCUCACUACACUGUGGUCCAACAUGGCAAAACUGUUUAAGGGCGAUUCUGACAUAGAUGCUCAGCUGCGUCGCCAAGUUGUCGACUUGGAGCCUCCGGUGUUUUCAAGGAAAAGAAGGAACGACACAGUGAGCAUAUCAAGCCAGACGUCAGAUAUCACAGAGUACUUCACGCAGCAGACACCUUCCCAAAGCAGCAGAAGUCAGAAAUCAUUACCUGAUCCAGCGGUGGAGUCUAUCCUACAAGAGCUGAACUCAGGGCAGCAGAAGGCGGUGUCCAAAGCCCUGGCUGCUCAUCACUAUGCGCUGAUCCUGGGCAUGCCAGGCACAGGCAAGACCACCACCAUCUCCUGCCUAGUCCGUGUGCUGGUGGCGAGCGGCAAAUCUGUUCUGCUCACUAGUUAUACUCACACUGCUGUAGACAACAUUUUGCUGAAGCUCAAACAGGCAAACGUGGAUUUCCUCCGCCUUGGCCAGGUUCAUAAAAUUCUUCCCGAGCUACAGUCAUAUACUGCUCAAAGGGCUGCAGCAGGUAUCAAGACUGUCAAUGAACUAAGGCAAUUAUAUGAAUCCAAGUCUGUAGUAGCGACCACGUGUUUGGGUGUGAAGCACGCCCUGUUCUCUCAGCGUACAUUCGACUACUGUAUAGUGGACGAGGCUUCUCAGAUCACCCAGCCUGUGUGUAUUGGUCCUCUUAGACACGCUCGUGUCUUCAUCUUAGUGGGCGAUCAUUAUCAGUUGCCGCCUUUGGUACAGAGUGUUGAAGCUAGAGAGGGAGGGAUGGACAUAAGUCUUUUUAAGCGUCUUUCUGAACGCCACCCUCACGCGGUGGUCAGCCUAGAGCACCAGUAUCGAAUGAAUCAGGAUAUUAUGGAGUUAUCGAACACGCUCAUCUACGAGCAAAGGCUGAAGUGCGGUACACAAGGCGUGGCAGGUGCAGUGUUAGAGCUGCCUGACUGGGACGAAUUGGUCAGUUGUGUGAGGGGAAAUACCGGCGGUGAUGUUUCAGAUAACUGGCUUCUAGAUGCAGUCGUUCCUAGUCGACCAGUGGUUUUCCUAGACACGGACGGCGUCCCAGCUCCGGAGAUGCGGUCGGAAAACUUAGUAUCUAACGAGACGGAGGCUGUGUUAGUGCACCAGCUAGCUUGCGCACUUUUGAAAGGAGGUCUUCAGCCUUCGUCUCUAGGUAUAAUUUCUCCGUACAGGCAUCAACUCAAGCUCAUAACGCAAGUGUUUCACAGAGACAACAGUGGCAAGCAGAGUGAGAUCGAAAUUAACACGGUGGACAAAUAUCAGGGCCGAGACAAAGCGUGCAUCAUUGUAUCAUUAGUGCGAAGCAACGAUCAUUCCAACGUGGGUGAUCUGCUGAGAGACUGGCGCCGAGUCAACGUGGCCGUGACACGUGCCAAGCAGAAAUUGAUUUUGAUUGGUUCGCUCGUAACGCUGAAAGGCAGCUUGCUGUUACAAGAGCUUUUUGACCUGUUGGAGAGAAGAGACUGGGUGCAAGUUCUUCCUUACGAUGCGCAUAACCUGUACGAUUUUGUAGCAAAACCGUCCCAGACCUCUCCGGUCAAGAGCUUGGAAGUUCAGAGAACUCGGUUCAAGGAUCAAGGGAACUUGCCUGAUAUAUGAGUUGGUUAUUUCUCGUGAUUGUUGUCACAGAUUUGUUUCCUCAUUCGCUGGUCGAAUAUUCAUGAGGCAUUUGUAUACAAGAUUCUCAAAUUUUACACGUUAAUAACAGAGUAAGUAAUCACACGAAGUAGUGUUUAACUCGUAAUAUACCUUCACUAGUAUUCUUUGCAUGUUAUUUGUUCUUGCGCAAAGAACCACGCGUCCUUCUCUCCCCUCUGUGGCUGACUUUAAAGGAGGGGAGUGGAUAUACUCUGGCUGAGAAUGGUUUACUGCAAACUGAAUUUUGGCCAGCACACUACAAAUACAAAAGCAACUCACGUGAACUAGCUGCUGCAGCUUCUUUCGAUCAGAAUUUGGCUGCACGAACCUUGGUGUUCAGCAGGGAUGUUGCUGAGGAGAACAGGUUACAGUUUCACGUGGGAAAUUGGAGAGUGCUCGUGUUAUUUCUUAUUGGACAAACAGAAAUGUAAACACUUGGGGAUAAGGGUUGGUACAACUCCCUAGAAUGUUCCCCCGACUGUACGUACUUAUAUGGACUAGGAAAACAAGCACCAAUCAACUUCGUAUCACAAUACAUUUUAAUCACUAUGCAAUAAUCGUUUAUUUGCAAGCAACACCUCCCUAUGUAUCCUUUAGGCUCUUCAAUUAUUGAUCACGCUAGUAGCACUUGCACUAAAAAUCAUAGAUGACCCGAAAAUUCUAAUGAGAGUGACCUUAACAAAACGUCUCGUUCUUGAGAUCGCAACAAAGAAAACCAACACAACUUUCAUGGCUUCAAGACAUAACAUAACUUUGGUAUUAUUUAAAGCAAUGUCAUCAAAAUAGCGUUCAACUGUAGUUUAUUUAUUAUUAUGAUACAAAAAGUAUAACUUGAAAUGUUUUUUGCGAUUUACUCGAGAUCAUACAUAUAGAAAUGUUUUAUUCUUGUAUAUAUUCUACUUGCCAUACACCCUAGUUUAAGGCACUGGUAUCUGCUUUUUCAUAUCACAUCUGGUUCGUGCAAAAUUCAUGUUUUACCGAUUUUCAAUUUUUUGGUUUGUCGUUUUCAUGGAAACAUCGAUUACCUUGAGAAAUACAUUAUACCAAACUUCAAUUCAUUUCCAAUAUUACAAGUGUAAUUUUCAUAUCGAUCCCAUUAAGGGAAAUCGACGUCUGUUAAAAAGCUGAUUGGAAAUGCUUUGUGUGGUCCAGAAAAAACUAUCGAAACACCCUAACACAUUUCAGUUUCAAUCAACAACUAUUAAAGUCGCUAGAAACUGAGAGAAAUCAGAUUGUUUUAGUUAUAUCCACAGAUAUCUUUAAAAAGUGAUUUAUUGCCAAUUUUUCUGUUCUGUAAUAAUGCGGGGAAACCAUUCGCGCAUUUUUAGGAUCAUUGAUCGACCGAUCCAGAGGCACCUUCGUAGCCAAACGAUUGCGAGUUUAAUUGUUUAUUUGGAUUAUGCUACAAAGUCACAGUGUGACACGAAUGCUUACUAAGUACAUUUUACUGCUGUUCGGAAUCUUCAAGUGUGAUAAUCACUUUUCCAUCGCCUUCUUUCACUCCCUCUUUCUUGACGGGGUUCCCUCCAUUGUUGAAAGAGCCUCCCCCUCCGGCAAUGGUUUUGCCGCUAUUUUCCAUAACGCCCCCUCCAGAAUACCCACCCCCGGCACCAGGGAACUGAACUCCUCCGCCACCUCCCCCAUAUCCACCCUUUCCUCCGUUCAACGAAUUUCCUCCUUCCCCUCCGUUUUCAAAACUCUUUCCCCCCGUGGCAAGUAUGGCAGAUUCACCGUCCCCGAUUAAGCCACC